UUGUAGCAGAUAGAUAGGAUGACAUCUCUUACAGACUUUGCUUCCUUCAACUGUUGCCGUAGUUGGUCUUCCCUUCCGCCACCGGCUUCCCGAGUAUCAAACAACCCUAAUAAGUACCUCAUCACCUACGGUCACAGAAGCAACAGAGCCAGUCGCAACAGGUGGAGACUCCGCUGUUCUAUAGCCAAGGAUUCCCCAAUUACUCCUCCUAUUUCCGAUGACACCAACUCUCAGCCUUUGCUGGACUGUGUCAUUGUGGGCGCCGGCAUUAGUGGCCUUUGCAUUGCCCAGGCCCUAGCCACCAAACACGCCGCCGACUUCAUCGUCACCGAGGCACAAGACAGAGUCGGCGGCAAUAUAUCAACUGUUGAAAGGGAUGGUUAUCUUUGGGAAGAAGGUCCUAACAGCUUCCAGCCAUCUGAUGCCAUGCUCACCAUGGUGGUGGAUAGUGGUUUGAAGGAUGAAUUGGUGUUGGGUGACCCUACUGCACCUCGCUUUGUGUUAUGGGGUGGUGAUCUGAAGCCGGUGCCUUCUAAACCAGCUGAUCUGCCUUUCUUUGAUCUGAUGAGCUUUGCUGGAAAACUCAGAGCUGGCUUUGGUGCUCUUGGAUUUCGCCCUGCACCCCCAGGGCGCGAGGAAUCUGUUGAAGAGUUUGUUCGGCGUAAUCUUGGAGAUGAAGUUUUUGAACGCUUGAUAGAACCAUUUUGCUCAGGUGUUUAUGCUGGCGAUCCAUCAAAACUUAGUAUGAAAGCAGCAUUUGGAAAGGUUUGGAAGCUGGAGCAAACUGGUGGUAGCAUUGUUGGUGGAGCCUUCAAGGCAAUUCAGGCGAGAAAUAACAGCACCAAGCCUCCUCGAGACGCGAGAUUACCGAAACCAAAGGGCCAAACUGUUGGAUCUUUUAGGAAGGGACAAACUAUGUUGCCUAAUGCGAUCUCAACGAGGUUGGGUAGCAGGGUGAAAUUGUCAUGGAAGCUCACAAGUAUUUCAAAAUUGGUGAAUAGAGGUUAUAGAUUGACAUAUGAAACACCAAAUGGAUUUGCAAGUCUGCAGACUAAAACUGUUGUCAUGACUGUUCCAUCCUACGUGGCCAGUGACUUGUUGCGCCCUCUUUCGCUGGGUGCAGCAGAUGCGUUGUCAAAAUUUUAUUAUCCUCCGGUUGCAGCUGUAUCUAUUUCCUAUCCAAAAGAGGCAAUUCGUGCUGAACGUUUGAUUGAUGGUCAACUGAAGGGUUUUGGGCAGUUGCAUCCACGAAGUCAAGGGGUGGAAACUCUAGGUACCAUAUACAGCUCAUCCCUUUUUCCUAACCGAGCUCCACCUGGAAGGGUUCUGCUCCUGAACUACAUCGGAGGGGCUACAAAUCCUGUGAUUUUAUCAAAGACGGAGAGCCAACUUGUGGAAGCAGUUGACCGUGACCUACGGAAGAUGCUGAUAAAUCCUAAUGCAGGAGAUCCACUGACGUUAGGGGUACGAGUGUGGCCUCGAGCAAUACCACAGUUUCUGGUUGGUCAUUAUGACAUCCUAGAUGCAGCAAAAGCUGCUCUUAGUAGCAGUGGAUUCCAAGGUUUGUUUCUUGGUGGCAACUAUGUAUCUGGUGUAGCUUUAGGUCGAUGUGUGGAGAGUGGUUAUGAGGUUGCAGCCGAGGUAAGUAAUUUUUUGUCACAAGCGGUGUAUAAGUAACAAUAUUAAGAUUCUUGCAAGUUCAAAUAAUUUGGAAGAUAUUGUUGGAGGCAAAGUGUGAUUUUUAAUUUAAUAAUAUUAAGAUUCUU